AUGACCACUGGACGUUCGAUCGCGUUUGCCUUCGUGGCGCUGGUGGUGGUUUCUGCAAUUGGCUGCUUGUUGCUCAUCACGUUCUCAAGAGAACUUCAAAGCGUGAGGGGCAUCUGGACGCUUACGACGAUCUUUCAGACGAAGGAUAAAACCGCCAGGGAGUUACGCACAGAAAUAUUCUUCAUGAAGACUCACAAGACGGCCAGUAGCACCUUCCAGAACAUCCUGUUCCGCUUUGGCGAGAAGAACAACCUGACGUUCGCCUUCCCCUAUGGGGCAUACCAAUUCUUCUACCCGUACGAUUUCAAGGCCUCAUCCGUGGCUCCUCUGCCACGGCAUGCUGCCGGUGGCCGCUUCCACUUCCUGUGCAGCCACAUGCGCUUAAACAUUGCCGAGGUGGCACGCGUGAUGAGUCCCAACGCCAUUUACCUAUCCAUCGUGCGCAGCCCAGACACACACUUCGAGUCCGUGUUCCAUUACUAUGAGAACAAUGACCGUGCGUUUAUAGCAGCAAAAAACCACAGCAACCGCAUUAAUAAAGACCCCUUCAGGACCUUUCUCGAAAGCGCCGAGACGUUUUAUAAACGGAACAGAAAGCGCGGUCCCUUCGGCAGAAACCCCAUGGCGUUUGAUUUUGGACUCAACCCCAACGCUGACGUGUCAAGUCGUGAAUUCCGCUCCGGCUUAGCGCAACUUGAUGCCGCGUUUGACCUGGUCAUGAUCACCGAGCGCUUUGACGAGUCCGUGAUCUUGGCUAAAGAGAUGCUGGGCUGGGCGAUGGGGGAUGUGGUCUACCUAUCCAACAACAAGCGUGCCAAGACUCAUAACGAUAAGCCACUCGAGCGAGAGGACACGCGUCUGACCGAGAUGAUCCGGCGCUGGAACGCGCUGGACGUGGCUUUGUACGAACACUUCUCGCGUCGCUUCCAGCGCCAGGUAGAGGCGUUCGGAGUGGGGCGAAUGCGACGUGAGGUGGACGCCCUGCGCAGAGAGGUGAGCGCCCGCAGAGAGGAGUGCGUGACGAGCGAGGUGGAUGCGAAAAAGAUCAAAGCGAGAGAUAUGAUGCCGUAUAUUCCAAAGUCUGUGGUCAUCCUGGCCUACAUUAUGAAGAGCGGCCUGGACCCACUGACACGCGAGCGGUGUCACCGGCUGCUGUUGCCGGAGCUCAAGUACCACACGCUACUCUUCCAGCGGCAGUACGGCUCCACGGUGGAGAAAUACAAAAGACGGGCGACCAAAUAUAAACCCAAAUCUUAAUGAAACCGCUGAAACACAUCGCUGAUGUCAUCAACAAGCCGCCAUCGUCUCUCACGAUCUUGAGAUAUAAUGAUCCAUCGAGCGCCUUCAAAUCAGUUGAUGUAAUUGCUCCAUCUCCUAGAAUCACGCCUUCCCUCAGCCUUCGGCAAU